AUGCUGGUCCAUUACACCACCUUGGGGGAGCUGUUCGCUUAUGAUCUGGAGCCAGCGAUGUUGCGGCGCUGCCUUCGCAAUACCCUUGCAGCCGCCGCAGCGUCUGGGAUAUACGACGCGGCUUACCUUUUGCCCACCGCCGGGAUCAACCCCAACACAACCGCGACUUUCACGGGGGAGGGGGAGCGCUUUGCUUUAACCCGCGAAAAUCAGGAGAAAAAAGGGGACAAAGAAAACGGGGAAAGAUCCCGGAGCCCCGUGGGCCGCACCCUCCGUUUGGUUUGUCGCCCCUGCAGCUUUCAAGCUAUUCAGGAUGGGUUUCUUGCGCAUGGCGGAGAGACCCCGCCCAGGCCUCACGUGCGAUGCCAUGUUGUGGUUUGCGCCUGGGCCUUAUCCUACCUCGUGCGUAAGGAGUGGGGAAGGGGGGUCUGGCGUGCCGCGGUGGACGCGGUGAUCGGGGAGUUUAUUCAACUUCUUGAUACCUCGCGAUCGGAGGCGGCGGUGGUGAUUAUCGAAACACUCGGCAAUGGUUCAGAGACCCCUACACGGCACACCGUCCUCGGCGAUCACUUGGAGUCGAAAUUUGGCUUUGAGAGGAGUUGGGUGCGCACAGACUACAUCUUUGGAAACAUGGAGGAGGCUAUGCAUUUGUGUCGCUUUUUCUUCGGUGGUGACCGCAUGAAAGAUAAGUUUGAGGUCGUUGAGGAUGAUAACCGUCCUGGGAAGGUAGUGCUAAAAGAAUGCACUGGGAUAUGGACACUGUGGAAACCCAAGACAAGUCUAUAA